AUGUGUGACCUGUUUUGGCUGUCGCCGGGCGAACAAGGAGAUCUCUCUGAUGUCGUCAGGGCAAGCCUGCACCCGCCUCAUCAGCUGCCAACCCCGGCUACCGACGAGGAGGAGGAGGAGUACAGCUCGCUGCUGCUGGAAGGAGGAAGCGGUGGAGGUGGCCUGGUUGUCGGCCAUGGGCAUGGUGAUGAGCAGCUAGGAAUGGUGACCAUGAUGAUGGGCGGCAAUACCAGGCCUCCUUCGUCCGAUCAUCAGGUGAUCUCCAUGCUGCAUUCACCGACGGCGACGACAUAUACACGGCCGCAUCCAGAGCCACUGGCUGGGAUGCUUCGUCGGCCGGACAUCGAGAGAGGUGGCAUGGUGGUCGCGCCACUGCCGGAGAUAGGCGACCGCCUGCAGCACAUGUCGAUCGUCCACCACCCUCGUGUACCUGCUGCGAUGAAGCCAAGGAAGAGCCAGUCAAAGAAGGUGGUGUGCAUUCCGGCACCGACGGCGGCGCCGGGAGCGAGCGGGCGGCAUAGCACGAGCGGCGAGGUGGUGCCGUCAGACCUGUGGGCGUGGAGGAAGUACGGGCAGAAGCCCAUCAAGGGGUCGCCGUACCCGAGGGGCUACUACCGCUGCAGCAGCUCCAAGGGGUGCCCGGCGAGGAAGCAGGUGGAGCGCAGCCGCACCGACCCCAACAUGCUCGUCAUCACCUACACCUCCGACCACAACCACCCGUGGCCGACCCAGCGCAACGCCCUCGCCGGAUCAACCCGCCCCUCCUCCUCCGCCGCCGCCACCGCCAAGAUCGCCGCCUCCUCUUCCUCUUCAUUGGCGGCCGCGGCAGCUCGUAAUAGUAGCAACACCAACGUCGACGUCGACUGUGCUCGUGCUCACCAUCAGCUGAAGCAAGAGAGCGACCUGGACCUGUUCGCGGACAUGGACGCCCUCAACGUCUUCUCGUCCAUCGACAAGAUCCAGGAAAAUGACAGCAAGCACCAGCUGUUUGAUCCUUUCAGCUCCGGCUUCUGCGACUACAUCUGA